AGGAAAUUUCUGAAAAAUAUUAAAAACUCUCAAUAAUAUAUAUAAUUCCUUCCUCGGCGUGCGACUCCACCGGCGACGCAGAGAUGAUCAGUAUUGCAAGCAGUGUCGGCGUGAUACCAUCGCCGGUGACGGCGUCAGCGUCGGCGGUCGCUCGUCCCGCCUGUUCUAUGACGAUGGUAUCCACUAGUGUUGAUGUCAAAUCGUCCUAUUCCUCGUCUGUUAGUUCUCUAUCGUCAGUUGUUGCUAAUCCUUUCAACUACUUGAUUAGAAGAGGGAGAAGAGUUUGUAGCGAGGUUACAGUCAAAUCAGAUUCCAGAGGUUCCUCUUCUGCUACUGUUGUUUCGGCGGCGGCGACGUCAUUGUCUGAGGAGGAGACUGGCGAAGCGGCUGCUACUAGAAUUGGAGCGAAAGUUAGGGUUAAGGUACCUUUGAAGGUGUAUCAUGUUGCUAAGUUGCCGGAGGCGAAUCUUGA